UCUCUCUCUCUUUUUUAGACGUAUAAAUCCUUACUUCAUUCACAGUUAUACAGUAUCCAUCUAAUGCCUAUUCAAACACAAUUAACACGGCUCCUUGGUAUCAAGCAUCCUAUCAUUCAGGGCGGCAUGCAAUGGGUAGGACGAGCUAGUCUUGCGUCUGCAGUCUCGAAUGCUGGUGGACUUGGCAUCUUGACAGGAUUGACUCAACCUACUCCAGAGGCUUUACGACAAGAAAUCCGAGCAUGUCGACAACUGACUCAACAACCUUUUGGAGUGAAUCUAACAUUCUUACCUACUCUUCAACCUCCUCCUUAUAAAGAAUAUGCUCAAGUCAUUAUUGAAGAAAAAGUCCCUGUGGUGGAAACUGCUGGCAACAACCCGGGUGAAUUCAUUGAUCUAUUUAAACAAGCUGGAAUAUUUACGAUACAUAAAGUAGUGGCUGUUCGACAUGCUCUUACGACACAACGUUUAGGUGUGGAUCUGAUAUCAGUAGAUGGAUUUGAAUGUGCUGGACAUCCUGGUGAAGAUGAUAUGAUGAAUAUGAUCUUAUUAUCUAAAGCAUCCAAACAAUUGAACGUUCCUUUUAUUGCUUCAGGUGGAUUUGCUAAUGGUCAAGGAUUAGUGGCGGCUCUUGCUCUAGGUGCUCAAGGAAUCAAUAUGGGUACUCGAUUUGUGGCUACACAAGAAGCACCAGUACAUGACAACAUCAAACAAGCCUUGGUAGAUAGUGAUGAACGCAAUACUACAUUGAUUUUCCGACCAUUUAGAAAUACAUCACGAGUGUUUAGGAACAAAGUGGCCCUAGAAGUCAAUACCAUUGAAAAAGAAAAGAAGGAUUUGGUAUUUGAAGACAUUCGUCAUUUGGUAUCUGGAACCCGUGGCCGUACUGUAUUUGAAUUAGGUGAUGUAGAUGCUGGUAUAUGGACAAGUGGACCUGUGAUGGGACUGAUUGAUGAUAUUCCUACUUGUCAAGUAUUACUGGAUCGUAUUGUUGCUGAAGCGGAACAUAUCAUCAAAGAUAGAUUAUCAACCUCUAUUGCCCCAUAGAUAGUCGUUAUUUCUUAUCCAUCAUCUUUUUUUUUUUUUUUUUUUU